CUGUAGUAGAGGCGCUUCCUUCCUCACAUCCACCGGUGACCACUCAAGCGUGCCUCUACUGGGAUACUGGGUUUUUAUUUUUAGUUCAUUUUUGUUGUAAUACGGGCUAAGACUGGGAAAAUGUUAUUAAGUUCAUAUUUAAUCUUGACGGUUCUCUGGUCGGUGAGAGCGGACCUCUUCAGCAAGGCCACCAGGAGCAAGGCUGAGGAGAAGGACAUACGUAACAGUGUGUUUGACUUCAUCAUAGUUGGUGGUGGCACUGCGGGCUGCGUCCUCGCUAACAGGCUCUCUGCUAUCAGUGAUUGGAAGGUUUUAGUUUUAGAAGCAGGAGAGGAAGAGAAUAUAGACUAUGAUAUACCCGGAGUACCCACAAAUGACUUUCGGCCAAUAUUAUGGAACUACAGAACUGAGAGAAACGGUUUCUCCUGCUUAUCUCGGCCUGGAGGAAGCUGUGAAGUGAAAACUGGUAAAGUUCUCGGUGGUUCUAGUGUCACCAAUGACAUGAAGUACACCAGAGGUUCCAAGAAAGACUACGACGCAUGGCAUUUGAAUGGAGAAAUCGGCUCUUUGGAAUGGAAGUUCGAUAAUUUGCUAGAACAUUUCAAAAAUUCUGAGGAUAAUGGUGACUACGAUGUCUUAAUGAACUCCCACUAUCAUUCUAGAGGAGGGGAAAUGCACGUACAAAAAUUUAAAUAUGCAGAUCGUUAUAUUGAAAUCUUCCUGGCAGCGUUUGCUGAAAUGGGUCUACGCUCUGUAGACAUAAACACAAACGUUCCAGAGGCAGUAGUUAACAACCAAUUCACAAUAUCAAAUAAUACAAGGCUGAGUACCAACAGCGCUUUUCUUAAGCCUGUGAGACAUAGAAAGAAUUUGGUUGUUAAAACAGGCGUGACUGUUACUAAAAUAAUAAUUGAUCCACAAGAAAAAAUGACUGAGGGCGUGAUGUAUACUGUAGAUAAAGGAAAAGAACAACCAGCGUAUGCUAAAAGGGAAGUUAUAUUGACCGGAGGAGCUAUUAAUAAUGUUAGGUUGUUGCAUUUGUCAGGUAUAGGACCCAAAGCCGAAUUAGCUAAACAUAACAUAACGACGCUUAUCAAUUUACCAGUAGGGCUAAACUAUCAAGACCAAGUUACUACAGGAGGAUUAGCUUUUACGCUAGGUGAAGUCCCAGCAGUGAGUGAAUCUCAGGUCAUUGAUGAUUUUAAAACAUGGUUUGAAAGUCGAACGGGUCCUCUCGCGUCUCGUGGAAUAAAUCAAGUAUCCGCUUUCAUUCAAUUGUAUGAAAAUAAAGUAGCACCUGAUGUGGAAUUGAAUUUGAUAGGUAAUUAUUUGCGCAGCGACAAGUUUAUGCUUACCAAUAUUAGUAUUCACACUGCGGAAGAAAUCAACAUGCCACUGCCAUACUAUAAUUUAGUUGUUGUAAAUCCAGUAUUAUUGAAGCCAAAAAGUACUGGUAAAGUGACAUUAAACAAAAGAAAUCCAAAGUUCGGCCGACCUGUUAUACAAGCGAAUUUGUUGAAAGAGUCAGACGAUUUAGAUGCUCUUGUUGAUAGCAUAGACAUUGCUCUGCAGGUGUUAAAUACGAGAGAAAUAAAGAAAAGUGAAAUAAAGUUAGCGCCCAUUGAUUUAUUUCCUUGUGAUAGACUAAGAAAUAGAGAUCAAUGGAAUUGUAUUGCAAGACAUUAUACGAAAGCAAUGAGUAAUCCAAUUGGUACUUGUCGAAUGGGUAAUAACAGUUCCAAUUCAGUAGUUUCUUACAACUUGAGAGUUCAUGGUUUAGAAAGAUUAAGAAUAAUGGAUGCAUCCGUAAUGCCCACUCAUGUACGAGGAAGUAUCUACGCUCCUACUAUUAUGAUUGCAGAGAAAGGAGCUAAAUUAAUAUUUCGAGACUGGCAGGAAAACAAAGGAAGCUAUUACAAUAAACGGUGACCAUAAUGAACUAUAAAUGUAAAUAAGAACUUAGUGUAAAAUUGUAAAUAAAAUUCAAUUUAAUAC